CAACUUGCUCCUUUAUUUAUACUAGAACAUUUUUACAUCAUAUAUACAUCACUACUUACAUUAGUUUCAUUACAGUUAUACUACUAGCUAGCUAGCACAAGUUUAAUCAAAUGGCAGCAUAUCAGCUGGGAUUUGCACUCUUCAUCACCUUGGCUCUAGCCACACUUCAGUUUUCCUCUUGUUAUGUCUUGAAGGGUUCUGUUACUUGCCUAGACUGCAAUCACCAUAUCGAUCUCUCCGGAAUAAAGGUUUCAGUGAAGUGCAGCAAGGUGAAAACAUUGACUAUGGCUACAACAGAAGAAGAUGGAUCUUUUGAAACAAGCCUUCCUUUUGACAAAAAUCCAACAAACAAAUGUUAUGCCAAGAUCCUUGGAGGUCCAAAUCAGCUCUUUGUUUCAAGAAAAGAAACAGACCCCACUGUUGUCAAGUCUCAAGAAGAUGAUGGCAAUUCCUACACUAUCUCUAACUCCUUGAAGUUCUACACAAAAUGCCCUUCAUCCAACAAGAAUGAUAAUAAUGGAAAACGUCAUGAUGAGUUUGGUUCAUCCAAGACUAUUGAUCUACCAGUGCCAAGAGAAUGGGGACUUGCACCAACUAGCUAUUAUGUCCCUUUUUUCCCCAUUAUUGGCAUACCUUAAGUAUGCAUGUAUGUAUAUAGUACUUUCUAAUGUUCUAGUUAAUCUCCUUUCCAUUAGAGAAUGUGAGAUAUUAAUUAUUAAGUGGAGUGAGAGAAAGUGUCAAGGUUUACACGCUAAGUACUAUGUCAAAGUUGCUUGGAAUAAAGGUCAUCUCGCCUUAAAUGAGAUGGUCUUAUAUAUAAACACAUGCCUAUAUAUGUUUAUAUAUAGGUUUGGCUGUAGCAUAUUGUGUAAUCUUCAUGUUUAGUCCUUGCAAAAAGGGGUUGUAUAUGUAAGUGUUGCAGCUUAAUUAAUGAGUGCAUUGGGCUUUAAUUUUA